AUGUUCAAAAAAUUUCCACAUCUUCGAUCAUAUUUCGCUGGACGAGAAAAUUAUGCUCCUGAAGAUGUUCAAAACGACCCGUUUUUCAAGGUCCAAGGCAAAAAUAUUCUCUUAGCAAUUCAUCUUAUUGCAUCUACCAUCGAUAAUGAGCCAACUUUUAAAGCGUUAGCUCAUGACUUACUUGAUCGUCAUCUCCGUCGCAAUAUCAUCUUGGAUCCCACAUUGUGGAAGGAUUUCUGGCCAAUUUUCACGGAAUUCCUUGCAACCAAAACUACAGUCACACAAGAAAUGAAGGAUGCUUGGAAAGAAGUCGGUAAUGCUUUCGCAGAAGUGAUCAAUGAAUAUCGAAAGGAAAAAGAAUCAAAAGAAUGA